AGGUUAGAAGUAACCGAUAAGAUUGGACUGCCCUUGAGCUAUGCCAACGGCAUCUAUCAACGGGCUGAGCUGGGUGCUGAACUCGUGCUUCCCAUGAUCUUCGAGAUCAAGACCUUGCUUGGGCGGAAGACUCACUGUGCCAUUUUUGAAUUUUUCGAUGGCCUGCCGGACAUGCACGUGCUGAUUCCCAAGUGGGUCAUGGAAGAUUUGGCAAUCCAUGAGAGAGAGCCAGUCCGCGUGCGCGGUGUCGAACUGGACCUGGUGACCAGUGUCAAGGUUCAGCCGCACAGCGUGGACUUCUACUCCGCCGUGCGCGACUCACAACGCGACGUCAAGGAACUGCUGACGGAGUCCCUGUCGCGCUUCAGCACCUUGACGGAGGAUACGGCCGUUCCGAUUGAGGUGAACGAAAAGUUCUUCCAGGUCCAGGUCCUCAGCGUGGAGCCUCAUGGGGCGGUUCGAAUCAUCGAUAUGGAUGUGCAGCAUCAUUUCGAGUUCAAGGUUGAGUUUGAACCAGCCCCUGAUUUGGAAGACGAGAACGCCACCAAGGAGUACCAGGACCGGGUGCUGAAUUCCAUCAAGCUGCGGCGCGAGCGGUCAGCGGCCGGACGCCAGGAGAUCGAGCAACGCCGCAGCGAGGCGCGACGAAAGCGCUACGAAGAUCUGCUGCAGAAAUUCCGCGGAGGGCAAGGCGAGGGAGGGCAGAUCGAGAUUGCCUUGCGGAUGCCGGAUGGAUCACAGGUGAAAGGCAAGUUCGUGGAAGGCUCCCCUGUGAGUUCUUUGGUGGCCUUUGCUCUGGAAAGCAGCUGGGCCAAGAUGGCACUCCCCUGGGGGGUCUACCUCCGGAGAGCCUUCCCCAAACAGGUGCUGAAGGAAGAUGAAGCCAUCACCAAAGAGUUCCAUCGCAGUGCGUUGAGCAUCCAGGAAGAACAGGCGCCGGAGAAGGAUGAAGAACUCUUCGCCGUGCUUCGAGCUUCUUCUCCUCAGAGACGGAAACCUCCCGAGGGCGCUGAACCGGAGGCCUUGGCUCCCCUUCCGGUGCCAGAGCGUGAUGAAGCCACGCUCAUGUCCAGGACCCAGCGGGCCUUUGAAAUGCAGCGUUUUCUGAGAGCAGGUUACAGCCUUGAGGAGGCUGAAGAGAAGUUCCAGGCAGGUGAGGUGCUGCCGCCCACCGCGGCUUCCAGGCGCCCCGCGCCGCGGCCCCCGGCGGGCGGCUUGUCGCCGAUGAAGCCUAAGCUGAAGCGCUCUCUCUCAGAAGAGGAGGAACGCACCAAGCGGGUCGAGGAAGUGAUGGGAUUCACCGGUGUGGAGCGGGAGGUGGCUGAGAAGGCCUUAGAGGAGAACCAAUGGAUUACAGACUUAGCUGUGAACAGCGUGCUGGACAACCUCACUGGUGAUUGAGGUCAGGGUUGCCCAUUUGAAGCGCAGCUGACGCUGGGCCUUUAAAAGCGCUGGGAACGGAACAAACAUGAAGUCCACCAGGAGCCUCAUCAAAUUCUGGAUUCUGGGUUAAUUGCCGCCCAGGAACGUUGUCACGCCAAGGUUCUUGCAGUCGUCGCAGCUGCGCCACAUUUGUGAGGUUCGGUCGGUGGCUAAAAAAAUGUGGCAA